GCCGGCCAUAAGAGGCGACCCGUGGCCACGCCCACUCCUCCCCUCAGCGCUGACCUGAGCCGCCGCCUGAGGCGAACUCCGCUGGCCGCCUCUCAGCGGCCUCGGCGGAGAAGGCGGCGGCGGCGGCAGUGGUUCCCUCCCACCCGGAGUCGCCCAGGCGCCUCCUCCGCUCCCUCCCUCGGUCGCCGCCGCUGUGAGUCACGACGACGGAGGGAGGAGGCAGAGGCGAACCAGGCAGAAAGAGGAGCGGUCGCCUCCCCGCACGGUGCUCUGAGGGGAGAGGCGCGCGCGCAAAAAAUACCCGCCCGCCCGCCUGACGACCCUUCAGGGUGGCUUCUUGCAGUGUUUCCAAACCAAGAAUUGAUCAGAGCUGAGCAUUUGACUGAAUUUUUCCUGAGCAUAAAGAAUCAGGUGGUCCCUACAUGCUUUGCCAGCAGCCCAAAUCACAUCUUUGAUUUCUUCUUUCUGGCUAUUCCAACUUGAACGUUCUCCUAGUCCGAGUUUACCAGGGAAGCAGGAGCCUCUGGAACUGGGAGGAGGGGAAUGAACCGUGAGGCUGUCCCCGGGAAGAGUCCGGAGGAGAUGUAUAUUCAGCAGAAAGUGAGAGUCCUGCUUAUGCUUAGGAAGAUGGGAUCAAAUUUAACUGCCAGUGAAGAGGAAUUUUUGCGAACGUACGCAGGGGUAGUAAAUAGCCAACUUAGCCAGCUCCCUCAGCAUUCUAUUGAUCAGGGUGCUGAGGAUGGGGUGAUGGCAUUUUCCAGAUCGGAGACGGAAGACCGAAGGCAAUAACAAUGUCUCACCAGUACGGAGAUGGAGUGGGGAAAACAAGGCUCGCGGAGAUCAAGGAAGAUGGCGGGACACUCAUGAGUUCCUUUGCCCUCUCCUGAUUUUUCCCCUCAUGAUAGCCUUCCCUUCUCCCCCAAUUUGGUUUCUUGUUGCCCAGCUGUCUGAAUGCAUCUCAUAGCAGUCUGUCCUCUAUGCCCUGCUGGUGGCUCAGCUGGGCGGUGUUAAUUGAGGGUAACUCCAGGAAUGCAUUUGUGAUUGGCUCAGAAAAGGUGGACUCUGAUUGGAUAAAAGGAAGAAAACGUGACCAGUGGAAACACUCCUCACCCCCCACCCCUCAUCCUGCCUGAUUGUUUUUAAUUUUGUGUUUUUAAGCAUUGUUGCAGACAUUCUUCUCCUCAAAGCCUCCAAGCGUUAGUGCUUAUGUGGGUCAUAUUUGUGUGUUUUCGGAGAGUGGCUUCUCUGUGUGAAACUGGAAAUGGACCGAUUGCUGGUGCAAAAUGAGUGGCUUGCAGGUGUUUUGCCAAAAUCCAUGUUUUCCUUGCAAAAAUGCUGGGGGUGGGGAAGGGAGGGUGGGUGAACACGAGUUAUUGCUUCACAUUUAUUGUCAUGGGGAAUGUUUUUGCCAUAUUUAUUACAUGCUUACGUACCUUUGUUUAUUGGCCUAAUUGACUUCCUAUUGGCUGUAGUGUCUCUAACUGGCUUCUCUGCGCUAGUCUGCUCUGAAGCCAUCAGCUCUAUUUGAGGAUUCUGUGCAGGAAAGCAUGUUGGUUUUCUCAAGUCUUUCUCAGCAGGAGGAGAUAUUCACAGAAGCUGCACAGCUUCAUCGAGUGCUGUGAAAACAAGCCUCUGAUGGAAACAAAGUUGGCUUCAUGGCAGCGUGCAUGAGGCCUGCAUACGCUGUAGGACUAACAAGUGACCCAGAUCUGCGUGACAUCUGCGUGCACAAACAACCCUGUACAGAUUGUAUCACUUUAACAUGGGUUACCGCUGGCCUGUGAAUCCAUUGACAGGAUAUUUCCUAUAGUGUUUGGCCAGAGCCUGCCUUGAUUAGCAAAGUGGAAUUGCUCUGGCCCUUGAUGGGGCUUUCUUUUCUGUUGUCAUCAAUCCCACUGGAGUCACGAGGUUAUCCACUCGAUGGAUCCAGCCACAGGUACUGCAAGUGACCCAUCCUUUCCUUAUUUCUGAUGAGAAGGUCCCCAAAGAGCAGUGUUUUGAAUCAGAUGUACUGAACUUGCCAGGAAGUGGCACUUUAACUCUCCUGAACCACCAGAUGCUGCUGCCUAAAUCCAAGUGUUUCCUUUUCUGUUACGUGCCAUGAUUUUCUCAGUACUUCCAGGAAGGCCGCUGCUGUGGGUUUCAUUGAAAAGGUAUUCUGGAAAAUGUUUAACUAGAAACCCUUUUGUCCUGUUCCUGUGUCUUUGGGACGGCAGUUGUUAUCUAGAGGCUUAAGCAUGUGGCUGUGAUGAACACAACCAUUUUGCAGGGCCUGUAACUGUGAGGGUUCAGGUGCUGUUUCUGUGUGCGUGUGAAAGAGAGAAAUGUUGCCCUGAAUGAAUAAACAUUGUCUAACUGCAACAGCUGCAACCCUGUUGCCAAAAAAAAAGUUCCUGAGUUUCAGUUUGCGGCUUUUUAUGAAAUUCGCAGUGGGGAAAAUAAUCCUUGAUUGGGGCUGGUAAUGAGGUUCCAGUUUAAAUGAAAGCAGCAAUAAAUGCAGUUCAUCCCUUUCAGUUUAAGCUUUAUUCCCUCUUCCUUUCCCCCCUUGUAACAGGGUGUUUAUUUACUGACUUAUUUUCUAUAUAUUUAUUACCAGCCCAUCACCAAAGUCCCUGGGCAGGGUUCCCAAGAUGGAUUCCCUUAAUCAUGUGUUCCUGUUACAGGAAAUUCUCAAUUUUUCAACAUUCCAAAUGCACUGUUGUUGGGAAAAAUGUUUUUCCAUGAUGAAACUCCUGUUGCAAUAGCUGAUGAAGUCUGGAUUGCGCCUGUGUCAAUAUGAGAGGCAUUAACUGGCUAGUUCCUAUGAUAUGAUCACUUGAAAUGAAGGAUAGCUUUCUUCCCUCUGUUCCUUCAAGAACUUUUUGGGGAUGGACUUUUCCCUCACCUUUUUAUCCUGCUUUUCCUCUGAGAGCAUGGUGUACAUGGUUCUCCCCUUAGCUUUGUACUCAUAAAACCUCUCUGUGGUACGUCAGGCGGAGAGAGUGUGACUAGCCCAUGGUCACUAGUAGAGCUUCAUGGCUGAGGAGAGUUUUGAACCUGCAUUCUCCCCAGUUGUCUUGUGACACUUGAUGGAUAAUUAUUUCUUGCUCCAGAUGGGAUAAUUAUUUCUUGCUUCCUCAGGACUGGGUGCUCAUGGCUGCUUAUUUAAGCUAAAAUGGACUUUUUCUUCCUGAUUUGAGGAAAACACUCCUUCAAUAUGCUCAGAUGUUUUUAUCUUCUUUUACCUGAUCCUUUUUAACUGGUGAUGUGUGGAAUUGAACUUAUGAACAUUCGCUUUCAAAAGAGAUGCUGUAGUACUCGGGUUCUGCCUCCUUUGUUAUGAGAAUCAGUGCUAAAGUUCCUGGGAUCCUACAAAAUGUAGAAGUUCACAUUAGAUUGUUUCCAUUCGUACUCCUGUUGUUGUGCUCACAGAGAGCUAAACAUCCCUUGUGGGAUGAAGGGAAAGGAAAGUUCUUGUUGUGAUAGAUGUGCAAAGACCUGCUCACAAAAGCAGCUGCCUAGUGAUGGGUGUUCACAUGCAGAUGUGACCCAGAUCUUGUGACUUCUCUGCCAUUGGUACAAAUACACCAGGGGUGACUGUACAAUACUUGUCCCAGGUUAAAAUGUUGGUACAUCUAGCUCCACACAAUCUGAUCUGAUUUUGGUUUUCCCAGUUGGAGAUGCUGCUAGCCACUACAAAGCACAUGGAUGUUGGAUUCCUUUGUUUCAAGGGCCAGAUAAGACAUAAAUAUGACCUGGUCAGGCUGGGACCUGGCAGGAGGUGGGGGUAGCUGCCUCAGCUGGCCCCAGAACAGCACUGGCGGGGAUAUGCAUGAUUUUCACUUCCUCCGUUUCAUUCUCUCAUCAACCCUGCAAUUUAAGGUACACAGACACUGGUGAGUUUAACUGGCCUAAGGUCAGUUAAACUAAGGAGCUUUGGGACCGAGUGAGCAUUUGAAACUGGGUUUCUGUGGCUCUUACAGCUUCAGAAGAGCUGGGUCAAUGUACCAUCACAUUGGUAUUGGGGUGGGGGAGGAAUUAAGAUUCCAGCAGCGGAACCAGCAGGACUGUCUCUUAAUAGAAUGGAUACCAGCACAGAGGAGAGAUGGGGCAGGGGGCUCUUUGUGAAAUGAAGUAGCAGCUGGGCUUCACUACUGACUCUGUAUUUGUAAUCCAGUUCCCGCUUGGUGGGCAGCCGCUUAAUUGAGGGUGUCGAAAAAGUGGCCUGGCGCACCUGAUGAAAUAAAGAACUGGGAUUUAAGCUUAUUUUGUCCUUUCCCA